UUUGUUUUUGAUGAUAAUUUAUUUUUCUUUUCAAUUUUUUAUUUUCAUUCAUUAUAAGAAAUUCCUAGUGAGCGGUUGUACUUGUAACGUUUUGUAUUUCUUAGUAACUUUUUAAACUACUUGUUGAAAGUUGAAAGUUUGAAUCGUCAAUUCUUUAAACGUUGAUUUAACUAAACUUACUUCGUGAAGUGUUUCAUACGUUCAAACCUUUAAAUAGAAACAAAUUAAAAGUUAAAACGAUGGCCACAGAAGUAGGUUCAGCCCCUGGCAUGCCGCAGCUGCAGUCGGUGCAGAAGGCAAUGUCCCUGCCAGCGGUGGGGGCAGCAGUGGGUCAAGUUGGUGCUUUCUACACUAAAGUCAAAGGUGCACAUUCUUUACUGGAGUGGGCACUAUCAACAGCAGAAGCCAGUGUCACCCUGGCUGCCACCACAGCCGCACCAUAUGUGGCAGCACAACUGGUGGCCGGAGACGCCAAGGUGGCCGCUGCACUGGACGCGCUGGAGAGGCGGGUACCGCUCGUCACAGAACAGCCCAAGGUCAUUGUGGAGACCACCAAACAGGCGGUGCUGUCCAAGAUCACUCCACAGCUGAACAAGGUGAUCGGCGCGCGCGACGUGGCGGAGCAGCGCGUCAAGUCGCUGAAGGAGCUGACGUGGGCCAAGGCCAACGUGCUGCUGGCGACGGCGUACGGGCAGAAGGCGCUGCACGGCGUGGACUCGGGCGCCGCCUACGCCUGGCAGCUGCUGGACCGCUACCUGCCGCCCGCCGCCGGCGAGGCCAGCGCCGUGAGCAAGGAGCUGGUGCCGCUGGAGAGCGACCCCGCGCUGCACACCAUGCAGACGGUGGGCCGCCUCAGCGCCGUGGCGGCGCGCCGCGUGUGGGCCAACCUGUCCGCGCGCCUGCAGCAGCUCAAGACGAACGGCAUCGAGCUGGACGUGCGGCGCUACGUGACAGCGCUGCUGGCGGCGCUGCACCUCGCGCGCGUCACCAGCCAGCAGCAGCAGCAGCAGCAGGAGCCGCAGCCGCAGCCGGGCGAGCCCACCGCCAACGGGCGGCCCGACGCGCACCGCACCGCGCCCAGUGCGCCCACCACCACCGAGCUGGUGAAGUGCACGCCAGAGGCCAAGUCCGACGGAGGCGACCACUAGUCUCACAGACGCAUUUAUUUUAAGUUUUAAUUAUAAACCUAUAUUAUGUUAAUUUUACUUUAAAUACAGGGUGGUCUUAUAAACCUGAAUGUGAGCACUCGUAUGAUUCCUAAUCAGAACUCCAGUCAUAAUUCCAAAUUUAUUUUCAAUCAAUAUUGAUUAUUUGUACUUAAAUACUUAGAGCCGCAUGGUCCAUUAAAUCUAUUUGAAAAACUAAAAAAUCUAUAAUAAACUGACAAUCUUUCGCAAAGACACGCGGGUGCUGGACUGGACCACCCUGUGUAUGUUAGCUGCUAGUUCAUAUCACGGUAGCGGUAGCGGAACCACAACGUGAUAUAUCGCUGUAUCGCCGUUGUUCUGGUCAAAUGCAAUUGAAUUUUUGAAUGUAUUUCUAUUUACUAUUUAAAUGAACAAACUUACUCAAGGCUGAAGGUGUUUGGAUGUAUUUAUAUGAGCUUUUAUAAUGGAAAUGUAUUUUGUAUUGAAUUUUAAUGAAUAAACGUUAAUUGAAUUUUA